CGCCGCACUGACGCCCACACCGCCGUGACUUGAACAACAGCAUUGGCUGAGACUGUCGUGCAGGAACCCCCAACUUGAAGUCUGUCUAUCUGCGAAGUAUGCUGCAACGCUGCCACUGUACUCCCCUCAGUCUACUUUGACUGAUAACGGGUUGUUAUGACUGCACAACCAUCCACGACCGACGGUCAGGCUGGUACACCGGCCCCCAAAAUCCGUGGUGGGCUCGAGGAGCAUGAAUACUUCUGGCGCGAUCGACAGCCGUGGCUUCAGGAGCGCGGAUAUGAGCUCCGCCCACGUUACAGGCCAGACUGGAAGCCUUCGUGGUUAGGUAGCGGGAGGCCCUACGUCCUCUGCGAAGACGGCCAAAGCACACUGGUGGAUACCAUCCUAGAUGCAACCCGGCAAUCCGACGGCCUGCUGGUGACAUUGAAGGCAGUCAAUAAUGUCGUCCACCCGUUCGAGGUAGAGAUUGGAGAGUUUCUGUCGUCUGAACAGAUGGCACAGGAUCCGCGGAACCACUGCGUGCGCAUCCUUGACGUCCUACGAGAUCCGAUGGAUCCGAAGGUAUCUAUCAUCGUUAUGCCUCUCCUGAAGCCAUUCAGGGAGCCUCAGUUCUUGACAAUCGGAGAAGUGGUUGCUUUCUUCAAGCAGGCCAUCGUAGGCCUGCACUUCAUGCACGACCAUCAUGUUGCUCAUCGGGACAUCUCGAUUUUAAACGUCAUGAUGGACGCAGUACCAAUGUAUUCGGAGACGUUAUGGCACCCUCGCAUGUCGGUAUAUACCCGUGACUUCUCGGGACCCGCGAAGCACUGGAGCCGCACCGAGCGACCAGUCAAGUACUUCUACAUCGACUUCGGUCUGUCGCGCAAAUACAACCCUGCAGACGCGCCACCGAGGGAGUUUCCAAUUAUGGGUGGCGACAAGAGCGUCCCAGAAUUCCAAGGUGAAGGCUACGAUGUGGCUUCCGAUCCCUUUCGCACCGACAUCUACUAUCUUGGCAAUCUCAUGCGAACUACAUUUUUGAAUAAAUAUCGGGGCUUACACUUCAUGCGAGAGCUCAUAUCCGACAUGGUGCAGGACGAUCCGGAGAAGCGCCCGACUAUCGCGGAAGUAGAGGCGCGGUUCGACGAGAUAUAUCGACGCCUUUCGUGGUGGACGCUACGAGCGAGACUGGUGGGAAAGACCGAGAGUGUGAUCGUGCGUGCGGUGCGUGGUACGAUGCACGUCUACCGGACAGCGAAGCUUGUCGCCCAGCGGCGGCCUGCCAUACCCGUUCCCUCUUCAUGAUACACACUCUCAUACCAUUCACUACACUACGUCGUCAUUGUUGUCUGCUGUCGAUCUACUGUUGCCGGAGGAUAUCGCAUUGUUUGGUUAAUUUUUUGAUCGGAGACCGUCGUUGAGUCGUCCUCAUUGCUGCGCAUCUCUUGUCUUCAUUCUAGCAAAGAUUAUGCUCUGACAUACUACUGCGCACGACUGGAAUCAGUAGCAACAUCUAAGUACGAAGUAGCCAAUGUUUGGGCGGCCUGCGCUGCAGGCAAGUGGAAAUCCCAACCGUGACUUGAUACAAUGUUCAACUUACAUGAUGUACAAUCUUCAGG